AUGCACGAACAGGUUAACAAUAAAUCUUUUAUACAAGUCGGUAUUUGUUUUAUUUUCUAUUUCAGGCACAAUGUAACGUUCAAGACGGUCGUUGGUGAAAGCAGUUCUGUUCAACCUGAUAUGAUAGCAUCUUGGUUUGAAACCACUUUACCAACAUUAUUAACUAACUACAAACUAGAAGAUAUUUACAAUGCCGACGAAUUCGGUCUCUUCUACCAAUGCUUGCCAAAUAAAACGUAUCACUACAAAUCCGAAAAAUGCUCUGGGGGUAAAAAUAGCAAAGUCCGAAUUACCGGGCUUGCAGCUGCCAAUGCUGUCGGAGAUAAACUACCAAUGUUUGUGAUUGGUAAAUCGAAGAAACCAAGGUGCUUCAAAAAUGUAACAUCCCUACCCUGCAGGUACAGAGCGCAGAAGAAGAGUUGGAUGGACAGCUCUCUUUUUGAAGAGUGGGUGCGAGAAAUCGAUGCAAUGUUUCUAAAAGAAGGUCGAAAGAUAGUCUUGAUCAUCGAUAAUUGUCCCGCUCACCCUGAUGUCGGUGGACUGUCCAACAUUAAAUUGAUUUUCUUACCUCCAAAUACAACUUCUGUGUCACAACCGAUGGACCAAGGUGUCAUAAGAUGUCUUAAGUCUCUUUAUCGCCAAAACUUGGUCAACAUGAUGAUUCAAAACCUAGAAAAAGGCAAAGAUCUUCCAAAAGUUUCAAUUCUGCGUGCUCUUCAAAUACUUGUUUCGUCGUGGGACAAAGUGAAGAAAGAAACCAUCGUAAAUUGCUUCAAGAAAUCAAAGAUUUUCAAGAAAGCUCAACAGAAUGCAACUGAUGAUAUUGAUGAUCCAUUUAAACAACUGGAGAAAGAUCUCACACAACUGCGUGCCAUUGACGAUACCAUUAUUCCUGCUGAUCUCUCGGCCCGUGAUGUUGUCGAUAUUGACCAAGAUUUGACCACAAUCGAAAAUCCCGUGACUGAUGAAGAAAUCCUUGAGUCGGUACGGCCAAGUACAGAUGAGAAUGACGAGGAGCAUGAUGAAAAUGCCGAUGUCAUCGAGGUGUUUGAUGAGCCAGUGAGCAAGCCAACAAAAUCAGAAAUAAACACUGCAGUGGAGACUUUACAAAAUGCUUGUCUAUUCACUGAUGAUGGAAAUGACAUGCAACGCCUCCUGCUUCGCUUUGAAGAUUUGUUUCUUAAAAGUGAAAUGAAAAACAAGAAGCAAACUAGUAUUUUGAGCUUUUUCGAUCAAAAAUAA